AUGUUGCAGAUGUAUUUACUGUUCAUUUCUAUAUUGGUUAUCAUUUACAUCAUUUGGGAGUUAGUUGACCGUCAUGGAAAGCCUCCUGGUCCUCUUGGGUUACCAGUUGUUGGAUACCUUCCCUUUAUCGAUGCAAGAAAACCUUAUGAGACUCUGACAUAUUUGGUCAAGAAAUUUGGUCCAAUAGUCAGUCUUCGAAUGGGCUCCGUGUAUACGGUGAUAAUCGCUGAUCCUGCUCUACUUCGUGAUACACUGAAACGGGAAGAAUUCACUGGACGAGCUCCCCUCUACAUCACUCAUGGAAUAAUGGGCGGUUAUGGAAUCAUCUGCGCAGAAGGGGAUUUGUGGCGCGACCAGCGGCGUCUGUCUACUGAGUGGCUACGAAAGAUGGGCAUGACGAAAUUCGGUUCUUCGCGUUCAACACUCGAGGCUCGCAUCAUGGCUGGUGUGAAUGAACUGUUAGAGGAUUUGAAAAAAGAAUCAAAGGCAUUAUGUGCCUUUGAUCCUGCACCAUUUAUUCACCAUGUUCUGGGAAAUCUUAUGAAUGACCUAGUGUUUGGAUUGAAGUACGAGCGCGACGAUGAUAUCUGGCAGUAUCUACAAGAUCUUCAGGAAGAAGGUGUCAAACAUAUUGGUGUCUCGAUGGCGGUUAACUUCCUGCCAUUUUUGAGACAUCUGCCCUCCAGCAAAAGGAUAAUUGAAUUUCUUUUGAAAGGUAAAAAACGAACCCACGAAAUUUACGACUCGAUCAUCGAAGAACGCCGCAUGAUGCUUCAAAUGGCUAUAAAAAAGGAGGUCGAUGAACCAUUCAACGAAAACAUAUUAACGAAUUUUGUAAAGGAAACCAACCGUAGGGAAACAUCUAACAGCCCAGAGCUUGCUUUUUGUAGUGACUCUCAGCUAAGACAUCUUCUGGCCGAUCUCUUUGGAGCAGGAGUUGACACAACAUUCACUACAUUUCGUUGGUUGCUACUCUUCGUAGCUCUUAAUAAAGACGUACAGCGACGGCUACGACAAGAGCUUUGCGAUAAUCUUCAUUCUGCUCCUACUUUGGACGAUGUUCAUUCUUUGCCAUAUCUAAAAGCCUGUGUAGCUGAGGCCCAGCGAGUAAGGACAGUUGUGCCAUUAGGCAUUCCACAUGGAUCGAUUUCGAACUCAACCAUUGCUGGCUACAAUAUCCCGAAGAAUGCUAUGAUUAUGCCGUUUCUAUGGGCCGUACAUAUGAAUCCAGGGCUUUGGUCGAAUCCGGAACAAUUUAACCCAGAAAAUUUUCUUGAUGCUUCUGGUCACUAUAGUGCUCCUAGUUAUUUUAUGCCGUUUCAAACCGGAAAACGUAUGUGUUUGGGCGAUGAACUAGCUCGAAUGAUUCUAUAUCUCUACACGGCACGUAUUUUCUGGUCCUUCGAGUUGGAAGUACUUGGUGGAAGUUCACUUGACUUAACGGGAAUAUGCGGUAUCACAUUGACGGCACCGGAUUACAAAGUAGUUUUCAAGGAUAGUCCCCUCCAAAAAUAG